AUGAAAAUUACGGGCAAAGAUGCGAUGCGAUCACUCCAUGGACUUACUCAAACUCUAACAGAACUGAAGAAACAGUGUCAGGGUGUAAGUGACGUGGUUGAAGUACUGUCGAAUACGUUAAAUGAACGACAGAAUGCUGCCAACAUACGUCGUGCGGAAACGGAUGAACAUCUGCCGUUUACGUCGAUUUUGGUACGGAAACUACGAAUAGAAAUCGAAGAUAACAAAAACUUAGCUCAGGAAGCAUCCGCCAUGGCGCUGUUAUUCAGCAAUCUUAUCAAACAAUCAGAUGAUAUUUGCAAGGAUGCGCGCAAGUUGAUGAAUUCAUUUCUGCUGGAAAAGAAGCUUGAAGUUGAAGGGGAGGAAGAUGCGAAUAUCGAGCUUGAAGAUGGCGCUGUUAGUCCCAAAUCAAACGUAAAUGCAUUUGGCGAUAAUGUCCUCGACGAUGAUGAAUACGACGUUACAGUUCGUGAAGUUAAACGUGAGGAUGACCGCAUGGAGGCUUCUGGAAAAACAGGAGUACAAGAUGAAACAACCGAAAUGCCACUAACAGAUGCUGCUGUAAAAGAAGCAAUUAGCACUGAACAAAUGUGA